AUGGUGCCAACUGCCAAUUUGCUAGGUUUUGCAGGGUCUGAGUUGGCUCGGAAGCUGCCAAAGGUUUUUGGCAUUUUGCUGGAAACUGCAUUGAGCUCGUUGGUGGAAAUUGUUUUGUUGAUGGUGCUAAUUUCCAAUGACGAGAACAGUAACUUGGUCCCUGUUAUCCAUGCCGCAAUUCUAGGCUCGAUUUUGGCCAACUUGUUGCUUUGUCUGGGGACAUGUUUUUUCGUGGGCGGACUGAGGCGCAAUGAUCAAACAUUCCACGAGGUUAUUAGUGAAACGGGUUCUGGAAUGCUGCUUGUGGCCGGGUUUGGCCUCUUAAUUCCCAGCGCGUUCUAUUCCGCUCUUUCUCGAAGCACAACUGCUGAUGGCCAUUUCACCCCCCAAUUGCUCUUGGACAACACUCGUACCAUCAGCCGAGCGACUUCAGUCAUCCUUUUAGUUGCCUUUUUAAUAUUCUUAUUCUUCAACCUUCAAAGUCAUAAUAGCAUAUACGACGAGGUCCUUGAGUCGGAUGAAGAAAAGGAUGAAGACGGGGCAGACGAAAAGAGAAGAGCUAAACUCACAUUCACCGAAUGUCUCGUAGCUAUUGCUAUCUCGCUCACCUGUGUUUCACUUUCUGCUGUGUUUCUGGUUGAGCAGAUACCAUCUAUCGUUGAAAGAGGCGUCCCAGACAAUUUCAUGGGCCUUAUUUUGGCAACAUCCCCUUUUGUAAACACAUACCUUAUCUCUCCUCAAACUAACGCCGUUUUCCUUCUCUACAGGGACAACCAAAUCAAUUUCGCGCUCUUCCACUGCCUUGGACCGUCCAUUCAAACGGCGCUCUUCAAUGCUCCCCUGGUUGUCAUUGUUGGCUGGGGCUUAGGAAAGGACAUGAAUCUGAACUUCGAAAUAUUCAUGGUUGCGAUGCUCGUGCUCUCGAUCCUGGUUGUUGGCAAUUUCCUCCGCGAUGGUAAAUCGAAUUAUCUAGAAGGGGCGCUGCUUGUUCUGGUGUAUAUCAUCAUCGCCGUGACUGCUUGGUACUAUCCAAACCCACAUGAUUUGACGACAAAUGUUCGGUUGCCGGCAGGAGAACAUCAUUGA